GAGGUUCGAUCGGCUCCGCGUAGGGGCUCCAGCCCGCGUCGGAGCCCGGGGUGAGCGUCCGGCGAUCCGCGCCCUGCCCCUUCCCAGCGCCCGGGCCGACGAAAUGACCAUUAAGAAGUAGAUGCCCAGAUGCAAAAGUGAUGAAACAGUCAAUUUGUCAUAAACUAAGAUGCAACUGUGGCUUUUCAACCAGAUUAGAGCAAAAUUGUAUCUCUUUUUCUCAGAAGAUAAUUCCACAAGGAUAAGUCACCACACAGAAAAAAGCCAUGGUAUUUUGAAGUAUGAUUAAAUUCCUGAUGCUGCAGCAGAGGCUAAGAACAUUAAUGGCCAGAUCUAGUGCUCACAUGGUCUUCUGAAGAAGCCAUGGGUAGCUGUUGUAGCUGUCCAGAUAAAGACACUGUCCCAGAUAACCACCGGAACAAGUUUAAGGUCAUUAAUGUGGAUGAUGAUGGGAAUGAGUUAGGUUCAGGCAUAAUGGAACUUACAGACACAGAACUGAUUUUAUACACUCGCAAACGUGACUCAGUAAAAUGGCACUACCUCUGCCUGAGACGCUAUGGCUAUGAUUCGAAUCUCUUUUCUUUUGAAAGUGGUCGAAGGUGUCAAACUGGACAAGGAAUCUUUGCCUUUAAGUGUGCCCGUGCAGAAGAACUAUUUAACAUGUUGCAAGAGAUUAUGCAAAAUAAUAGUAUAAAUGUGGUGGAAGAGCCAGUCGUAGAAAGGAAUAAUCAUCAGACAGAAUUGGAAGUCCCCAGAACACCCCGAACCCCUACGACUCCAGGGUUUGCUGCUCAGAACUUGCCUAAUGGAUAUCCCCGAUAUCCCUCAUUUGGAGACGCUUCGUCCCAUCCUUCAAGCAGACAUCCUUCCGUGGGAAGUGCACGCCUGCCUUCAGUGGGGGAAGAAUCUACACACCCUUUGCUUGUGGCUGAGGAACAAGUACAUACCUAUGUUAACACAACAGGUGUUCAAGAAGAGAGGAAAAACCGCUCCAGUGUGCAUGUCCCAUUGGAGGCGAGGAUUUCUAAUGCUGAAAACAGCACACCGAAAGAAGAACCAAGUAGCAUUGAGGACAGGGACCCUCAGAUUCUUCUUGAACCCGAAGGAGUCAAAUUUGUCUUGGGGCCAACCCCUGUUCAAAAGCAAUUAAUGGAAAAAGAGAAAUUGGAGCAACUUGGGAGAGAUCAAGUCAGCGGAAGUGGUGCAAAUAGCACAGAAUGGGACACUGGCUAUGACAGUGAUGAACGAAGAGAGGCGCCUUCUGUUAACAAACUGGUGUAUGAAAACAUAAAUGGGCUAUCUAUCCCCAGUGCCUCAGGGGCGAGGAGAGGUCGUCUGACAUCUACUAGUACCUCAGAUACCCAGAAUAUCAACAAUUCAGCUCAGAGAAGAACUGCAUUAUUAAACUAUGAAAAUUUACCAUCUUUGCCUCCUGUUUGGGAAGCCCGCAAGCUAAGUAGGGAUGAAGAUGACCAUUUAGGACCAAAGACCCCAUCUCUAAAUGGCUACCAUAAUAAUCUAGAUCCAAUGCAUAACUAUGUAAAUACCGAGAAUGUAACAGUGCCGGCAAGUGCUCACAAAAUAGACUAUUCAAGGCGUCGGGACUGUACGCCGACAGUCUUUAACUUUGAUAUCAGACGCCCAAGUUUAGAUCACAGGCAGCUCAAUUACAUACAGGUUGACUUGGAAGGUGGCAGUGACUCUGACAACCCUCAGACUCCAAAAACACCUACCACUCCCCUUCCACAAACUCCUACCAGGCGCACAGAGCUGUAUGCUGUGAUAGACAUUGAAAGAACUGCUGCUAUGUCAAAUUUGCAGAAAGCACUGCCACGAGACGAUGGUACAUCUAGGAAAACGAGACAUAAUAGUACUGACCUGCCCAUGUGAGCCUGGAAAGCAUUUACCUUACGCGCACCUUUGUGAAGUUUUUAAAAUGAAGAUGCAAGUGCUUCAUUUUCAUUUCUAAACACUAACUCCUUUUAUAAACUGAUAAAAAAAUUUUUCUGAAUAAUUCAUGUGCUUCUUUAAAGGGAAUUAAUGUAGAGCAGGUACUCAUAAAGAACACUAAUUUCAUUAUAUACUUCUCAUUAUUGUACAGCAGCAUUCCCAUUUUCACAGUGCCUAUUUAAAAUGAAAGUUGGAGUGAGUGACAUGUUGGUUGGUUUUUAUCAAUAUUCUGGACUUACGCAUAUCAUGUCUAAGUCAUGGUUGGCAUUUUAUACAGACUCUUGAUGAUGUGCAUUGCUAACAGGUAACUCUAGGCUUUGAAAGUAGUAAUCUGUAGAGUCACUAUUCAUGGUAUGUGGCCUCCAGCAUGUAACAUAAAGAAUCUUUUACUUCAUGAAUUAUAGACUUUUUUGACUUGAGCCAAAACAUUAUGUUAAGGAAAUAGAAGUUCCACACCACCUUCUAUACUAGUCAGUUCCUUUGCCUGCAGUCGUUUUAGAAAGCCCUAAAUAGUGAAGAUGCUGUUGGUGUGUUGAAAGGCAGGGAGGGGACGAGAUUUUCUUUUUACUCAUCUCAUGAUGGCAUUUGAAGGGCAUGCCUAAAUAUCUUAAUCAGAAUUAAAAUAGGCUCAAAAAUAAGUCUCAGGUCACUUUACCCCCCCCCCGCC